AUGGAGUCGACAAUCAUGACUGGAGAUGCUCCAGAGGACACCAAGCGGUCUACUGUAUACCAGAUCUGGACCCAUAGCUGGUCUCAGAUCAUUUUGAUCAGCUUCAUCUGCUUCUGUUGCCCUGGAAUGUAUAAUGCUCUCUCUGGGAUGGGAGGCUCUGGUCAAGUUGACUCUACCAUCUCUGCAAAUGCAACUGUUGCUCUUCUCUCUGCGACAGCUGGUACUGCUUUAUUCAUUGUCGGUCCAAUCUUCAAUCGUGUUGGUCCUCGCGUUUGUCUUCUUCUCGGAGGCUGGGCCUAUCCAUUAUACGCAGGUAGCCUGCUAUGCUACAACUCCACCAGCAACGGUACGUUCAUCAUCGCCUCCGGUGCAUUGCUAGGUAUCGGCGCAUCCUUCCUAUGGGUCGCCCAAGGAGCCAUCAUGACAACCUAUGUACCUGAACAUCAGAAAGGGCGCGCCAUUGCCGCGUUCUGGGUUAUCUUCAACCUCGGCGGUGGUGUAGGAUCGCUAGCCAGCUUUGGACUCAACUAUCAUUCAAAAAGUGGAACCGUGAAUAGUGGAACAUAUAUCGCGCUGAUGGUCAUUAUGGCAUUUGGCUGGAUCCUCGGCGUCUUUAUCUGCCCACCCUUCGCCAUUCGCGGGGCUCAGGUGGAAGUGAAGACAGAGGAAGAGAGGACCUGGCGCCAGACUCUAAGUCUUGCCAUUUGCACAACCAGCGACUGGCGCGUGAUAUGCAUGUUGCCUCUGUUCUUCUCGGCCAACGUGUUCUACUCCUAUCAGCAGAACGUUGUGAACGGAGAGACCUUUAACAUUCGUUCGCGCUCGCUCAAUGGCGCGUUGUACUGGAUUGCACAGAUGCUGGGUGGUUUGAUCAUUGGUCUGAUUCUUGAUAUGCCCCGGUUCGAUCGUCGCAUGCGAGCCCGUGUCGCCUGGAUCUUUCUCUUCGUCACUGGCAUGGCUAUCUGGGGCGGUGGAUACGCUUUCCAGAAGUGGUCUGAUAGUCGCUUAGCCAAGGGACUAAAGCAGGAUAUUGACUACAAGGAUGGUCACUUAUCCUCAGGCCCGAUCUUCCUGUACAUCUUCUACGGCGCCUACGAUGCGUUCUGGCAGUCCUUUUGCUACUGGCUUAUGGGCGCUCGGUCGAACUCUCCCGCUGUGACGGCUAUUCUGGUCGGUGCAUAUAAGACCUUUCAGAGUGUUGGCGGUGCGAUGGCGUGGCGUGUGAAUGCAUUGGGGAAGCCUGCUAUGACCCAGUUUGCCAUGGACUGGGGUCUGUGUAUGGGGUCACUCGUCGUUGCUAUUCCCGCCGUUCUCGCCGUCACUUUGACUAGUGAUGCCGAAUCGGACCUGCCUGUCAGUAUCGGCAAAGAGUCGGCUGAAUCCGACGCGCCUCCAACCCCGCUGAAGAACUGA